GGAGGCGCACGUAAAUAAUUCAAGGAUCGAAAGGAAAACAAUGAAAUGGGCAACAUUGCUUAAGGAAAUCAAGGAAAAGGUCGGUUUACCUCAAUCUUCUACUGCUGCUUCCAUUGCUACCACUGUUUCUUCUCCUUCAUCUCCGGCUUCUUCUCCUCCCUCUUCUGACUGUGAUGCCAAUGCUUCAUCAACUCAUUACGACUUCGCUUCCUCUCUUUCGAGCAGAGACAAACAUGAACUGGAAUUGGACUUUAAUAGAUUUUGGGAAGAGUUCGGCUCAUCCAAUUCUGAAAAGGAGAAAGAAAUGGCCUUGAGUUUGACUGUAGAUGCUUUUUGUAGAUUAGUCAAGCAGCAUGCUAAUGCAGCUCAAUUAGUCACCCAGUUAGUAGAAACACAUAAAUUCUCCUUUGUUGUGGGAAGAGCAUUUGUGACGGGUAUUGAAAAGUUAAAAAUUAGCAGCAAAAUAAGAUCUUUGGAUGUAUCACAAGUUAUACAGUUUUUCUCUGAAGCCACAAAGGAUGGCAUCAGUACUGGUUCAAAUUUGAUGACUGCUGUUGAAGUCCUUGUGUCUGGGCCUUUUGAUAAACAAGCACUCCUUGAUUGUGGGAUAUUUUGCUGUCUCAUUCAAAUUCUGAAUGCUCUUUUGAGUUAUGAUGAGGCCAAUAAGAAGCAAACAAUUACCAAUUCCGAGGAAUCAUUGCUAAUUGAAAAGGAUUCAGUUGCUGAUUUUGGGCAAGCUUGCCUAGUUGAGGUAGAAGGAAUCAUUGUGCAUAUUAUGAAAGUGUUAGCCAGCUAUCCUUCAGCAGCACAGAGUUUAACUGAGGAUGAUUCUCUAAUGUUGCUGUUUCAGAUUGUUUCUAAUGGAUCUUUAUUUGCCUUCUCUAGGUAUAAGGAGGGUCUUGUUUCCCCGCACAUCAUACAACUUCAUAAACAUGCUAUGCAGAUCCUUGGCCUUCUUCUGGUCAAUGAUAAUGGAAGCAUGGCCCGAUACAUACGCAAGCAUCAUCUGAUAAAAGUUCUUCUAGUGGCUGUCAAAGACUUUAAUCCAGAUUGUGGGGACCCUACCUACACUGUUGGUAUUGUGGACUUGUUACUUGAAUGCGUGGAAUUGUCAUACAGACAAGAGGCUGGUGGUCUCAGUCUUAGGGAAGAUAUACAUAAUGCCCAUGGUUACCACUUCCUUGUUCAGUUUGCUCUAGUUCUUUCCACCAUCCCAGAGAAUCAAGGCAUUGAAUCUAUUUAUUUGAAGCAUCAGACUGACAAAGAUAGUGGUUCUAAUAGAGCUCAAGCUUUUGAUGAUGUACGGGAAAGGGAUUUCAUGGAAAAAGAGGACCCUUCUUCUGAACAUGUCUCACCCACUUUGAGUAGGCUACUUGAUAUUCUUGUUAACCUAGCUCAUACGGGUCCAGCUGAUGGCAAACGAUCCAAAUAUUCUUAUACCAAGGACAGUGGCCAUAGCAGAAGUCAAACUUUAUCUACCGAAAGUCUUGGCGAUGAAAUUUGGGAAGAGGAAAAUAAUAGAGUAAAAGACCUUGAAGCUGUCCAGAUGCUGCAAGACAUUUUUCUCAAGGCAGAUAGCAUGAAUCUGCAGGCAGAAGUAUUAAACAGAAUGUUUAAAAUAUUUUUAAGUCAUCCUGAAAACUACAAGUUGUGUCAGCAAGUGAGGACCGUUCCUCUCUUGAUCUUAAACAUGGCUGCAUUUCCAUCAUCGUUGCAAGAGAAAAUCUUGAAAAUUCUUGAAUAUUCUGUGACUGUAGUGAAUUGUGCUCCUGAACAAGAACUGCUGUCUCUAUGUUGCUUAUUACAGCAACCAAUUACAUCAGAGUUAAAGGUCACCAUCCUUUCUUUUUUCGUAAAGCUCCUAUCCUUUGAUCAACAAUACAAGAAAGUUCUAAGAGAAGUAGGUGUUCUGGAAGUCUUGUUGGGUGGUUUGAAGCAGCUUUUGGGUCAAAACCAACAUGAUGUUAAUGCCAACCAGUUGGAGGGAAAAUCCAGCUCUAGAAGCUUCAAGAAACACUUCGACAUUGAGGGUGUUAUUAUUACUUCACCCAAGUUUGAGGAAUCUGGUUCAGGGAAGUUACCUAUUUUUGAAGCUGAGGAAACAAUUGCAAUUGCAUGGGACUGUAUGGUUUCAUUAGUAAAGGAUGCUGAAGCUAGCCAAGCUUCAUUCCGAUCUGCCAAUGGUGUGACCACUAUUCUCCCCUUCCUGGUGUCCAGUGUUCAUCGUCCGGGGGUCCUCCGGACAUUGUCAUGUUUGAUCACUGAAGAUGUUAUGCAGGGUCAUCCUGAAGAAUUAGGAGUACUUAUUGAAGUUAUAAAGAGUGGAAUGGUUACAAGCGUUUCAGGGCAUCAAUACAAGCUUCAAAGUGAUGUGAAAUGUGAUACAAUGGGAGCAUUGUGGCGCAUUCUAGGAGUAAAUAGUGCAGCUCGGAGAGUCUUUGGUGAAGCCAGUGGAUUUUCUCUUCUGCUGACCACCCUCCACAGUUUUCAGGGUCAUGAAGGACGCUCAGAAGAAUCUUCUUUUCUAGAUUGCAUCAAAGAGUUCACAUAUUUAUUGCGCCUUAUGACAGUUGCUGUGUGUGGUAAUGCCAUUAACAGGACAAAGUUGCAUGCUAUCAUAUCAUCACAAACUUUUUAUGAUCUUCUCUUAGAGUCUCAGUUCUGUGUGGAUUAUGAGACGCAAGUGAUUCAGCUGUUGUUAGAACUUGCUCUUGAAAUUACCCUUCCACCUUUCAUAACACUGGAGAGUGCCACAUUAGCAAAUAUGAGUGAAAAUAAGUUCACAAGUUUUCCUUUGAUCACCCAAUCUGGUUUGGCUAACCCUAAUGAGGAGCGAGUAUACAAUGCUGGUUCUAUUAGAGUUCUGAUCCGUUCGGUGUUGCUUUUUACUCCUAAAGUGCAGUUAGAAGUGCUGAAUCUUAUCGAGAAGCUUGCUCGUUCUGGGCCCUUCAAUCUGGAAAAUCUCACCUCUGUAGGUUGUGUGGAACUUGUACUGGAGACAAUUCACCCCUUCCUUUCAGGCUCAUCACUCUUCUUGUCUUAUGCGUUGAAGAUAGUUGAGGUUCUAGGGGCUUAUAGGUUGUCUGCAUCUGAACUCCGAACUCUUGCAAGAUAUAUUCUGCAAACAAGGCUGAUAAAAUCCGGUCAUACAAUUGUUAAUAUGAUGGCUAGGUUAAUUCUCAUGGAAGAUAUGGGCUUGAAAACUGUUUCUUUGGCUCCAUUUGUUGAAAUGGGGAUGAACAAGGUUGGACAUGGUUCUUUUCAGGUGCCUCUUGGAGAAAGAUCUUGGCCUCCUGCUGCUGGUUAUUCAUUUGUCUGUUGGUUUCAGUUUAAAAACUUUUAAACACAAACAAAAGAAACCGAGCCUUCCAAAUCUUGUCUUUCCAAGAAGAAAACUGGUUUAAAUGGGCAGCAUCAUGAUCAGCAAGUUCUCUGGAUAUUUUCUGUUGGUACAGUAAAUAGUGACAAUACUUUCUAUGCUGAACUUUAUCUCCAAGAGGAUGGAGUUCUAACCCUUGCGACCGGAAACUCUUGCUCGUUGUCAUUUUCCGGAUUAGAGCUUGAGGAAGACCAGUGGCAUCACCUUGCUAUUGUUCAUAGCAAACCAAAUGCUCUUGCUGGAUUUUUCCAAGAUAGUAUUGCUUAUGUCUAUCUUGAUGGGAAGCUAAUGCAAACAGGAAAAUUAGGAUAUUCACCCUCUCCCAUGGGAAAACCUUUGCAGGUAACUAUUGGGACUCCAAUUACCGCUGCAAGGAUUAGUGACUUGACAUGGAGACUCCGCUCUUGCUAUCUUUUUGAGGAAGUGCUCACACCAGGUUGUAUAUGUUUCAUGUACAUCCUGGGUAGGGGAUAUAGAGGGAUUUUCCAAGAUGCAGAUCUUCUCCGAUUUGUCCCCUACCAGGCUUGUGGGGGUGGUAGCAUGGCUAUAUUAGACACUUUAGAUGCUGACUUGUCUGUACCUCCUGGAACACAGAAGCUUGACAGUGCAAACAAGCAGGGAGACUCUAAGGCAGACGGAAGUGGAAUUGUUUGGGAUUUAGAUAGACUAGGAAAUCUUUCAUUCGAACUCUCAGGUAAAAAACUCAUAUUUGCAUUUGACGGAACUUGUACGGAGGCUGUUCGAGCAUCUGGGACAUCUUACAUGCUCAAUCUGGUUGAUCCUCUGUCAGCAGCUGCUUCGCCCUUUGGAGGUAUACCACGGUUUGGACGACUUCGUGGGGAUAUCUAUAUCUGUAGGCAAUGUGUUAUUGGUGAUACGAUCCGCUCUGUUGGUGGGAUGUCUGUCAUUUUGGCCCUUGUUGAGGCUGCUGGGACUAGGGAUGCUCCAUAUGGCCCUGUCCUUUCUUAUUGUGCACUUCAUCAGAAUCCUCAAAACAUCAAAGACAUGCAAACAUACAGAGGAUACCAUUUGCUGCUAUUUCUGCGUCAAAGGAUGUCAUCCUUUGAUAUGCAGUGUCUUGAGAUAAUUUUACAGAUCGCUGCAUGUGAAGCUUCAUUUUCUGAACCAAGUAAAUUGGAAUGUAUUCAAACUUUUGCAUCACCUACUGAAACAAUUCAAGAAACUAGCUUUGAGGAUCUUAAUUUAUCAAAGUUCCGUGAUCGAACAACUUUAGGUGGAACUCAGUUUGACAUGGAUGAUUUUUCUUCUUUGAAGGAUUCGUUCAGUCAUACUUCAGAGCUAGAAAAUGCUGAUAUGCCAGCUGAAACUUCAAACUGUAUUGUCUUGUCAAAUGCUGAUACGGUAGAACAUGUUUUGCUGGACUGGACACUGUGGGUAACUGCCCCAAUUCCUGUUCAAAUUGCACUGCUAAGUUUUCUAGAGCAACUUGUGUCCGUGCAUUGGUAUAGGAAUCACAACCUUACAGUUUCUUCGUCAAAUCACCUUGUCCAACAUUUAUUGGUGACUUUGCAGCGUGGUGAUGUUGAAGUUCCUGUUAUGGAAAAUUAGUUGCAGUCCUUGGGCAUAUUGGAAGAUGGAUUCCUGGCAUCUGAACUUGAAAAUGUUGUUAGGUUUGUUAUUAUGUCAUUUGAUCCACCUGAGAUGAAACCACUGCAACAAAUAAUGCGUGAGCCCAUGGGAAAGCACGUUAUUGUUAGGAAUUUGCUUUUGGAGAUGCUUAUGGAUCUUCAAGUUACCAUCAAAUCAGAAGAGAUGCUUGAACAGUUUCAUAAAAUGGUCUCUUCUAAAUUAAUAACUUAUUUUCUUGAUGAAGCUGUUCAUCCUACUAGUAUGAGAUGGAUCAUGACUAUUCUUGGUGUACGUAUGGCUUCUACACCUACUUUUGCUCUAAAAUUUCGCACAACGGGUUAUCAUGGCCUUAUUCGUGUGCUUCCUAGUUUUUAUGAUUCCCCUGAUAUAUAUUAUAUCUUGUUCUGCCUCAUCUUUGGGAAGCCAGUUUAUCCAAGAUUACCAGAAGUCCGUAUGCUGGAUUUUCAUGCACUCGUUCCAAGUGAUGGAGGCCAUGUGGAGUUGAAAUUUGUAGAACUAUUGGAGUCUAUAAUUGCUAUGGCAAAAACCACCUUCGAUAGGCUGAGCACGCAGUCAAUUCUUGCCUGCCAAACUGGAAAUUUUGUCCAAAUUGUGGCAGAACUGGUUGAGGAAGAUGCAGACAUGACUGAGGAGCUUCAGGGUGAAGCUCUCAUGCACAAGACAUAUGCUGCACGACUAAUGGGUGGCGCAUCUGCUCCUGCUGCUACAACUUCAGUUCUGAGAUUCAUGGUUGAUUUGGUAAAGAUGUGUCGUACUUUCUCUGUCGUUUGCAGACGAGCUGAGUUUCUAGAAUGUUGUAACCUCUAUUUUUCUUGUGUUAGGUCUGGUCAAACAGUGAAGAUGGUAAGAGAGUGUUAAAAGACAGAAGAGAAUAAUUUAAAUGAUUGUGAUGAUUCUAGUUAUCAAAAUACACCCUAUAUCCCUGUAGAACAGGAACAGUCUGAGACUUCUACUAGUGCUGGAAGCUUCCCUCAACCGCAGAUCAGUUCAACUUCAGAAGAAGUGCUUCCAUCAGAUUUCAGUGCUGAAGACAAAGAAGAGAUGAAGUCCACUAAAUCCCAAGAGAUGAACAAAUCAUUGCAGGAAGAUGUCCAAGUUAAUCAGGGCAUAGAUGGAGAUAGUGUUAAUCGGGUUUCUUCCACUUCAAGCACAAAUGAGGUUAACCACCAUAGUAUCAAAUACAAACAGGCAAUUAAACCACCAGAUUCACAGAGUUCUGUAUCUGUUUCUAGUCCAGAUUCUCGCAUUUUCUCUGAUAAACUCAAUUCAAUCCCCCUUACGCCUUGUCCGUCUCCCACUAUUGCUCAGACCCCGUGGUUAAGUUCAGCUUCAAGCAAUAUUGAUUUAAAAAAUCUCAUGGGGUCUUCUAUGUUCACUGGUUAUAUUGAUCAAUCCUCUGACUUGAGUUCUCUAGUGCCAACUGCUACAAAUACUACCGUUUCAGUUAUUCCAAAGAUCCUUCUGGAAAUGGAUGAUUCUGGCGGUGGUGGCCCUUGUUCUGGUGGGGCAGCUGCAAUGUUGGAUUUUAUAGCUGAAAUACUGGCUGACAUUUCAACAGAGCAAAUAAAAGCAGCGCAAUUUGUAGAGAACAUCUUGGAAAUGGUUCCACUAUAUGUUGGUGCUGAAUCUAUGUUGGUGUUUCAAGGUUUGUUUCUUUGCAGACUAAUGAACUUCAUUGAAAGGCGUCUGUUGCAUGAUGAUGAAGAAGAUGAGAAAAAGCUAGAUAAGAUCAAAUGGUCCUCAAACUUAGAUGCAUUAUGUUGGAUGAUUGUUGAUCGUGUUUACAUGGGCGCUUUCCCCCAACCUGCUGCUGUACUGAAAACUCUAGAAUUUUUGUUAUCAAUGUUGCAAUUAGCAAACAAAGAUGGUAGAAUUGAAGAAGCAGCUCCUACUGGAAAGGGUCUUUUGUCUAUUUCAAGAGAAAACAGACCACUUGAGGCUUACGUACAUUCAAUUCUUAAGAAUACAAAUAGGAUGAUACUGUAUUGCUUCCUACCACCAUUCCUCGUUACCAUAGGGGAAGAAGAUCUCCUUUUCUCGUUGGGUCUACUACCGGAACCUAAGAAAAGAUCACCCACUAACUCUUCAGAAGAAGAUCAAGGAAUUGAUAUCUGCAAGGUUUUGCAGUUGUUAUUUGCUCACCGACGAAUAAUAUUCUGUCCCACCAAUCUUGAUAUUGAUCUAAAUUGCUGUCUCUGUGUAAAUUUAAUUUGUCUUAUUCGUGACCAAAGGCAAAAUGUACAGAACCUGGCAAUUGAUGUUGUCAAGUAUUUACUGGUUCAUCGAAAAGCUUCUCUUGAAGACUUGCUUGUCUCUAAACCUUACAAAGGGCAGCGCAUAGAUGUACUGCAUGGUGGUUUUGACAAAUUGUUGACUGGAAACUUAUCCGCUUUCUUUGACUGGCUUUGGACCUCUGAAGAUAGGGUAAAAAUGGUUCUGGAGCAAUGUGCGGCAAUAAUGUGGAUGCAGUAUAUUUCUGGCUACACAAAAUUUCCUGGAGUAAGAAUUAAAGGCAUGGACGUCCGUCGAAAGAGGGAAAUGGGAAGAAAAUCACGAGAUACUUCAAAGGUCGAACUAAAACAUAGGGAGCAAGUGAAUGAAAGGAGGUGUAAGUUGGAGGGGGUUCGUGAUACAAUGUCUACUGAGUUGAGAGUUGUCCGUCAGGAUAAGUAUGGGUGGGUUAUCCAUGCUGAGAGCGAAUGGCAAACCCAUCUUCAACAACUUGUACAUGUACGUGGAAUAUUCCCAAUCCGUAAACCCUCUUCUUCUGAAGAUCCCGAAUGGCAACUUUGCCCCAUUGAGGGCCCAUACAGGAUGCGCAAAAAGCUUGAGUGCUGUAAAGUAAGAAUUAACAGUAUUCAAAAUGUUCUUGAUGGACAGUUGGAAUUAGGUGAUAUGGAGCUUCCCAAGGUCAAACAUGAGGAUGGUCCAGAUGUUUCUGAUUCUGAUUCCAAAGCUAUUUUCAAUCUUUUAGAUGGUAUUGAACUAUCUGAUGAGUCAUUGUAUAAAGGACCAGAUGACAUGAAGGAUGUAACUUCUGUUAAAAAUGGCUGGAAUGAUGACAAAGCUAGCAGUGUAACUGAAGUCAGUCUUCACUCAGCCCUCGAGUAUGGUGCAAAAUCUAGUGCAGUUUCUCUCCCUACAACGGAAAGCAUACCAGGAAGAUCUGAAGUUGAAUCUCCAAGGUUGGCGCCUUCCAUCAGGAUUGACGAAAUCAAAGUUAAUGAGGAUAAAUUAGACAAGGAGCUGCAAAAUGACAGUGAAUAUUUAAUCAGACCUUAUCUAGAACCUCUGGAAAAGAUACGAUUCAGAUAUAACUGUGAGAGAGUAGUUGGUCUAGACAAAAUUGAUGGUAUAUUUCUGAUAGGGGAACUUUGCUUGUAUGUAAUAGAGAGCUUUUACAUUGAUGAUUCUGGCUGCAUAUGUGAGAAAGAAUCUGAAGAUGAGCUCUCUGUUAUUGAUCAGGCAUUGGGUGUUAAGAAGGAUGUUACUGGCAGUAUGGAUUGUCAAUCAAAAUCAACUUCAUGCUGGAACACAACACCGAACACAUCAGUAGGAGGAAGGUACUGGGCCUACAAUGGUGGUGCAUGGGGGAAGGAGAAAGUGGUUGCCAGUGGUAAUUUACACCCUUGGCGUAUGUGGAAGCUUGAUAGCAUUCAUGAGAUCUUAAGGCGUGAUUACCAGCUACGUCCUGUUUCUAUUGAGUUGUUUAGCAUGGAUGGAUAUAAUGAUCUCCUGGUGUUUCACAAAAUAGAAAGAGAUGAAGUAUUCAGAAACCUGGUUGCAGUGAAUCUACCAAGAAACAUCAUGUUGGACACAAUGAUUUCAGGAACAACAAAACAGGAAACCUACGAGGGUGGUCGUCUCUUUAAAAUAACGGCUAAAUCUUUCUCAAAGAGAUGGCAAAAUGGAGAAAUCAGCAAUUUCCAGUACCUCAUGCAUCUCAAUACCUUGGCAGGACGUGGAUAUAGUGAUCUUACUCAAUACCCGGUCUUCCCAUGGGUUCUUGCUAAUUAUGAGAGUGAUAAUCUGGACCUGUCGGAUCCCAAUACCUUCCGCAAGCUUGAGAAACCAAUGGGCUGUCAGACACCAGAAGGAGAAGAGGAAUUUAAGACAAGAUAUGAGAGCUGGGAUGACCCAGAGGUCCCAAAAUUUCAUUAUGGUUCUCAUUAUUCUAGUGCUGGCAUUGUUCUCUUUUAUCUUCUUCGCUUGCCACCAUUCAGUGCGGAAAAUCAGAAACUACAGGGUGGCCAGUUUGAUCAUGCUGAUCGCCUUUUCAGUAGCAUAAGAGACACUUGGUUGAGUGCUGCUGGGAAAGGUAACACAUCAGAUGUGAAAGAACUCAUUCCAGAAUUCUUCUACAUGCCCGAGUUUUUGGAAAAUAGCUUCAGUCUUGACUUGGGUGAGAAGCAGUCAGGGGAAAAGGUUGGAGACGUUCACCUACCUCCUUGGGCUAAAGGCAGUGCUAGGGAGUUCAUCCGGUUGCACAGAGAGGCCUUAGAAUCUGAAUUUGUUUCAGGAAAUCUGCACAAUUGGAUAGAUCUCAUUUUUGGAUAUAAACAAAGGGGAAAGGCUGCUGAAAAAGCUGCCAAUGUAUUCUACCACUACACAUAUGAGGGGAGUGUAGACAUAGACACAGUUACAGAUCCUUCAAUGAAAGCUUCCAUUCUAGCUCAGAUCAAUCAUUUUGGACAGACACCUAAGCAGCUAUUCCUCAAACCCCAUGUUAAGAGGCGGUCUGACAGAAAGCUUCCUCCUCAUCCGUUGAAAACACCAACUCUUCUUGUUCCACAUGAAAUACGGAAAAGCUCUUAUUCCAUUACUCAGAUUGUCAGUUUCCAAGAGAGAAUUCUUAUUGGCAAGGCAAACACUAAGCUUAAACCUAGAAUGUAUUCAAAAUAUGUAGCAUGGGGGUUUCCUGAUCUCAGCUUGAGAUUUUUGAGCUUUGACCAAGAUCGACUCCUUUCAACUCAUGAGAAUCUUCAUUUAGGAAACCAGACUCAGUGUGCUGGCUUUAGUCAUGAUGGUCACAUUUUGGUCACUGGCACUGAUGAUGGUUUAGUUUAUGUUUGGAGGAUCAGUGAAGACAAUCCACGUGCCUCAAGUCGGUUGCUGUUAGAGAAAGUGCUUUGUGCUCACAGAUCCAAAAUAUGUCUUCACGUCAGUCAGUCUUAUAUGCUAAUUGUGAGCGGAUCAGAUGACUGCACAGCUAUCUUAUGGGACCUUAGCUCCUUACGAUUUGUUAGGCAACUUCCUGAAUUCCCAGCUCCAGUUUCUGCAGUCUAUGUGAAUGAUUUAACUGGUGAAAUCAUGACUGCUGCUGGAACUCUGCUUGCUGUUUGGAGCAUCAAUGGCUGCUGUCUAGCAGUAAUUAGCCCAUCCCAGAUGUCAUCUGAUUACAUACUCUCUGCGACAAGUUCCACCUUCUCUGAUUGGUUGGACACAAACUGGUACGUAACUGGUCACAAUGGGUCUGUUAAGGUCUGGCAAAUGGUUCACCGCACUGACAUUGAGACGAUAAGCAACUCAACUAGCAUGGGAACUGGAGGAGGCUUGCCUUUGGACCAGUCACCAGAAUACAGAUUGCUCCUCCACAAGGUACUGACGUUUCAUGAGCACCCGGUUACUUCCCUUUUCUUAACUACUGACUUGAAGCAGUUACUGAGCGGUGAUUCCGGUGGCCAUUUGCUGUCGUGGACAUUACCACCCUGAAAAUCUUCUUACAAUCUGAAACACUGAUUCUUUUGUUAAUGAUAACACGAAAAGCCAAAGCAAGACAACAGGGCAGCUGGGAUAAUUUGUAGAAUAUAUAAAGCUUUCCAUUGUGAACUUGGAAUGACAGGCUACGGCUUUAUCGUAUGUGUUUUUUAAAGUGGAGGAUAUUGCUUUUGAAAAAUAUCGCCUCUACUAUACUAGGUUUUGCGUGUAAAUAGAUUGAU